AAGGAAACAGAAGCUGUGACCUUACACUGAAAAACCCACCAUGCCUGAAGAAACGACAUCGAUUGACUACGUCAUGGAGGCCGCAUCUGGGGCCCACUUCUCCGGCCUCAGACUCGACGGCCUCCUACCUUCCUCCGCCACCGCCGCCGCCACCCCCGAUUCAACCCUAGCCCCGGAUUCCCACCCGAAUCGCCCUUUCGUUAUUGGAGUUUCUGGAGGUACUGCCUCUGGGAAAACCACUGUCUGCGACAUGAUCAUUCAGCAGCUUCACGAUCACCGCGUCGUCCUAGUCAAUCAGGACUCGUUUUAUCGUGGGCUGAGACCUGAAGAGUUGGAACGUGUUCAUGAGUACAAUUUCGAUCACCCUGAUGCUUUUGACACGGAGCAGUUGUUAGAGUGCAUGGGGAAACUCAUCAGUGGUCAGGGCGUGCAUGUUCCCAUCUAUGACUUCAAGAAACAUCAGCGUUCUUCUGAUAGUUUUCGCCAGGUUAAUGCCUCCGAUGUGAUUAUAUUGGAGGGGAUUCUUGUAUUCCAUGAUCAGCAUGUGCGGGAUCUGAUGAACAUGAAGAUCUUUGUAGACACAGAUGCUGAUGUGAGGCUAGCUCGUAGAAUUAGACGGGACACAGUUGAGAGGGGCAGGGAUAUAAACUCUGUUCUUGAACAGUAUGCAAAAUUUGUUAAGCCUGCAUUUGAUGAUUUUGUUCUACCAUCAAAAAAGUAUGCUGAUGUGAUUAUUCCUCGCGGAGGUGAUAAUCAUGUAGCCAUUGAUUUGAUUGUGCAACAUAUCCGUACAAAACUUGGUCAACAUGAUCUGUGCAAAAUAUAUCCAAAUGUCUAUGUUAUUCAGUCUACGUUCCAGAUAAGAGGGAUGCAUACAUUGAUUAGGGACCGAGACAUAUCAAAGCAUGAUUUCGUGUUUUAUUCAGAUCGACUUAUACGUCUGGUUGUCGAGCAUGGUCUAGGUCAUCUGCCUUUCACCGAAAAGCAAGUGAUUACUCCCACAGGAUCUGUCUAUACUGGUGUUGAUUUCUGCAAAAAGUUGUGUGGUGUUUCAAUUGUACGAAGUGGUGAGAGCAUGGAAAAUGCACUUCGUGCAUGUUGUAAAGGCAUUAAAAUUGGUAAAAUUUUGAUUCACCGGGAUGGAGACAACGGAAAACAGCUAAUAUAUGAAAAGCUUCCCAAGGAUAUUUCAGAACGGCAUGUUUUGCUUCUUGACCCGGUCCUGGCCACAGGUAACUCUGCCAACCAAGCAAUUGAAUUACUCAUUCAGAAAGGAGUACCAGAAAACCACAUUAUAUUCCUGAACCUCAUUUCUGCUCCUGAGGGAAUCCAUUGCGUGUGUAAAAGGUUUCCGUCAUUGAAGAUUGUCACAUCUGAGAUUGAUGUUGAAUUGAAUGAAGAGUACCGUGUUAUCCCAGGAUUAGGCGAAUUUGGUGAUCGCUACUUUGGCACCGAUGAUUGAUCCUGCAGCAUGACCAAAGGUGGAGACACCUUUUCGGUAGCAGCUGCGUUGAUUAAGAAUUCGAAAAGCAGCUCGCUACAUUGUAUUGAGAUGCUAAAAAUUCAUCAAAACCAGCUUUAUUAUGAUUCGAGGCAGCCAGAUUUCAGUAACACCAAUGCAAACCUACAUAGACGUUGAUAUACAAGAAUGGUUUUCAAUUUAGAUUAGUCUUAGCAUGACGAUGUCACCAAACACAAAUUGCUUUGCACAAUUCUGUCAAUCUUGAUCCACAAUUAAUUAUGUGGAAAAAUAUUCACUUGUGAUCGGUGCAAUCUAUAUAACAAUUAGAUCAAUCAUCGAUAUAUGUUAAUUGUGUUACUAUAUUUCAUACAUAUUCUGGUGUUAGGCCUAAUUAC